CCCUUCCGGCAGGAGAGGCACCUCCCCCUAUAGUCCGGCCUGUCUCGUCAGUGACGACUCCUGUUGCGCUGCCAAGCGCAACACCGGGAUAUGGGGGAACCUGCCAAGACAGCUCCGACUGUGCCUCUGUACAGGUGUGCAUAGCUGGCUCGUGUAUUCUGUCGGAUCUUCUAUGUACUUCCACAGAGGACUGCCCCGAAGGCCUGUUGUGUACUUCAGGGGUAUGUGGGGCUCCGAUUGCUUGCGAUAGCGACGUGGCAUGUCCAACAGGACAAACUUGUCAGGACGGAAUUUGUUUACCGGCACUGGGCCUCCCAGGAUCUCCGAUAACUUCCCCGUGGCUACAACCGUUCCUUGCUCCGCGGAUGGCCAAUGUCCAGAAGGCCUGUCCUGCACUGAGGAUGCAUGUCUACCGGACGUUGUCGUGCCAUCCCCGAGCUUGUCGGUCAGCCUGUCCGCCAUUCUUUCUGCCAGUGUAACAGUCAGCCUGCCGACUAUUUCACCUACAAGCCUGUCACUCAACCUUCCGACUGAUGUAUCAAUCAACUUGCCGACCAUCACACCAACGAAUCUUCCUAUCAGCGUGCCGGUCAGCCUGCCCAGCAGCGUAUCUGUUAACCUACCCGAAGUCAGUCUGGGGGUCACUCCCUGUGAACACGAUUCAAACUGCGAAGCUGGCUACACCUGCACAGCAAGUCUCUGCCUGCCCCGUGCCACAUGCACAACGGAAGAUGAUUGCAGCGAUGGCUACAUUUGCAGCGAGGCAGGUGUUUGCAUCCCAAAGACCGGAUGCAGCAAAAGUAGCGACUGCGGCGAGAAUGAGUCCUGCGCGCAAGGCAUCUGCCUCCCCUCCGAAGGAUGCUCAGUGGAUGACGAUUGUCCUCUUGGCCAGAUCUGCGAGGUCGACGCGUGCCGAGCCCGAUUCCCCUGCACCAGCAACGAGCAAUGCAUCGACGGACGCAUCUGCGUCCUCAGCAGUUGCGUUAUUCAGUAUCCGUGUGAGACUGACACGGACUGCGGUCCAGGCCGCGUGUGCAAAAGCGACAGUGGAUGCGUGAUCGAUCGGCCCUGCAUUAGUGAUCAAGAUUGCGACACGAGUGAAACUUGUGCACUUGUUGGUGCCUGCAUCCCGAGAGCCCCCUGUGGCAGCGAUAUUGACUGCCCAGCCGCACAGGCUUGCGAUGGGGAAGGCCGCUGCGGGACCCAAGCCCCCUGCGCGAGUGACUCGGACUGCCCUGAUGGUUUGCCACGUUGCCUGAACGGCGUCUGCUCUCUUGUGUUAGGCGAAGCGACUUGCGACAGCGACGAAGAUUGUAACGAGGCUUUGCCGUCUUGCAUAGGACGUAUCUGUUCGCCACCUUUGCCGAACGUUACAACUCCGUUGCCAUCAGGCACGAAUCCAGGCGAUCUUCUCACGGACAUUCUGCCUUCUGAUAUUCCGACGAGUUUGCUGGCUUCAGAGAUCGCCCCAAGUGACCUACUGACGUACGUUCUACCUGAGGACUUCCCAGCAAGCUUGCUGCCGUCAGGGAUAGCUCCGAGCGAUCUGGUACAGCCAGGAGAAAUACUCACCAAUAUCCGCACAAGUCUGCUGCCAUCGGGCGGAGAACCAACCGACACACUCACUGCCGAUCUGACUCCAGCUAUCUCCCUACCAACCGGGGUAGCAGUGAGCGAUAUUCUGCCCACAGGCAUUCUUCCAUCGGACUUUAUCCCAACACCAACCUCAUCAGGACUGCCUGCUGUUUCACUGCCGUCACUACCGACGAGCUGCGAUGGCAGCGAGGGCUGUCCAGACAAUCUCCCCCUCUGUUUGGGUGGUAUCUGCAUCGUCCAACCACCUGUCAGCAGCUGCAGCGACGAGAGCCCCUGUCCUCAGGGUCUCGAAUGCGUGGAGGGUAUUUGCUCUGUUGGUGGCAGUCCACAGACCUGCGGCACCGAAUCGGACUGCCCCGAACCUUUGCCUGCGUGUGUCAACGGUAUUUGCUCGGUUCUUCCAUCGCCCAUUACUUGCGAUUCUGCGGCCGACUGCCCGGAGAGUCUGCCACAAUGUGUCGAGUCCAUCUGCGUUAUGAGUCUCGAUGCAGACACAUGUCAAGGGGAGAGCGACUGUCCUGAGAGCUCACCGCAUUGUAUUAAUGGCAUAUGCUCACUACUGCCACCACCUGUGCAGUGCCAGAACAACGACAACUGUACUGAAGCUCUGCCCUCAUGCAUCGACAACAUCUGCUCUCCCCUACAGCAGCCUCAACCAUGCUCCUCUUCGGACGAUUGCCCCGCCACCACGCCGCAAUGCUACUCGGGCUACUGUGUCGCGGAAAUACCCGUCAUUACCUGCGUAUCAAGUGUGGACUGUCCCGCAACCCUUCCCAGCUGUCUCAAUGGCGUCUGUGCUCUUCGCGUCCCCGGUACGUGCGACGAAGACGCGGACUGCCCCGAGGACCUGCCUACGUGCCUUAACAAUGUCUGCGCGUCUGCGCCUGUUGAAGGGCCGCCGACAUGCGACAGCAGUGAAGACUGUCCUGCCGAGCUGCCGACCUGCACGGCGGGGAUUUGCACCACCAGGCCAGAAACCCCCGGGUGUGGUCAGAACAGCGACUGUCCGGCCAACUUGCCCCAGUGCACCGCCAACAUCUGUACAGUCCGUACGCCAGUGUCGUCGUGCGACGAUGAGACUCCUUGCCUUGGCGAGGAUGACGUCUGCCAGAACAGUGUCUGUAUUUCUCGACUCUUGAUAAGGCCCAUUCCUUGCAGUGUGGACGAUGACUGUCCAGCACUGACACCGCAGUGCAAUGAGAACAUUUGUACGGUCCGUCUCGAAACCCCUGGCUGUUCAGCGGACGACCCAUGCCCCAAAGACCUCGAAUGCCAGGAGGGCGUCUGCGCUCUACCAUCGGGCCCCAGCUCAUGCGCCUCGAGCUCCGAGUGUCCGGAGAGCCUGCCCCAAUGCACCGCUGGAUUCUGUACGUUGGCGACACCUUCGACAACCUGCUCCUCAAACGCCAACUGUACCCAGGGCCUCGAAUGCCAGUCGGGAACAUGUUCACUGCCUGUCGAACUAUCGCUCUGUCAAGCUGACUCGGACUGUCCUGGGGAGCUCGUAUGCACCAGCAGUCUCUGCGCCUUGCCUUCGGGUCCCGAAAUGUGCGAGACCAGCAACGACUGUCCGGAAGCUCUACCUCAAUGUACGAAUGGUCUCUGCACGAUGGACACUGGGUUCGGAUUCUGCAAUUCCACUGCCGAUUGCUUUGGCGGUCUGCAAUGUGCCAGUGGUAACUGCACGCUCGCCAACAGCCCUGGCCCAUGUGGUUCCGGGGAAUCUUGUCCCACUGGAUUCGAUUGCGUGUCCUCCUUUUGCGUGUUACCCAGCGGCGAGGCCACUUGCGAAGACGACUCGACAUGCCCAGAGGCAUUACCGCAAUGUACCAAUGGCGUCUGUACGGUGCGUCUGGAUGCCAGCAUAUGCAGCGAGAGCGAGCCCUGCUCUGACGGACUGGUAUGCGCAGGCGGGCUAUGCGUGCCAGAUGGUCUUGGCGGCUCGUCUUGCACCGACGACGAUCAAUGCUCGGUUGGUCAGGUCUGUCGUGAUGGAUCCUGCGUCGCCAAAGUUACUUCGUGCGGGGAGGAGAACCCUUGCCCAGAGGGACAGACCUGCUCAUCUUCUGGUGUCUGUCUUUCGGAUGCAAACCCGCCAAUCUGCAACGGGACUCUCGCCUGCGCUUCAGGCUACACAUGUGAAGAGGGCGUCUGCAUCAUCGACACGGGCAACGUUACAUGUUCACAGUCGAGCGACUGCAGUGACAACCAGAUCUGCGAGAAUGGCAUCUGUCUCCCUGCGCCCAAGAGCUGCAGCACCGACAGCGACUGCUCUGACAACCUCAUAUGCUCGUUUGGCAGCUGCGUGCCCGAUCUUGCUCCUAGUCAGUGUACAUCUGACAGCGAGUGCGAGGCGGAUCUCGUCUGCACGGGCGGUCUUUGCGUGGUGCCAGUCACGCCCAUCGCUUGCUCCAGCAACGAGCAGUGUGCCGCUGAUCAGAAGUGCUCUGCGGGAUUGUGCAUCGCGGACAUCUCCUCCACGAGCUGCAGCAGUGCUGCCGACUGUCUGCUCGGCGUGGGUGUAUGCACAUAUGGCCUGUGCAUCUGCGCUGAUGGCGUCUGCCAGACGGAUGACAGCGUGGACGACUGCACCGCGGACGCGCAGUGUGGCGAUGGCCGCGUCUGCCAGAGCGGCGUCUGUGUGGAGAGACAGGAGUGUGAGACGGCAACGGACUGUCUCAUUGGCAUUGAUCUCUGCACGCUUCCUGGGUUAUGUCUCUGUCUCGAUGGCGUCUGCAUCCUAGGCGGCGCCACGAACCCACUGCCCGUCACGGACUCUGUAUUGCCUGGAGAUGCCACCAUCAGCGCCAGCUUGGACGUUCCUACCGUGGUUCCUGAGCUGUCAAGUGCGGUUGAUGGCAUUACGAGUCUUGUGCCGGAGCUCUCGUCGGUGGUGGACGACAUCGCCACUGUUGUCCCUGCGCUCUCGAGUGUCCUUGGCAGCGUGUCCACCAUACUCGACGGCGUAAGUACUGUUGUCGAUGAUGUUCUGACAGUGGUCCCUGAAGUAACGACGGCCAUCCCUGAGAUUACUUCGAUUAUCCCGGAGAUCACGUCUAUCAUUGAGGGCGUCACUACCUUGAUCCCUGAGAUUACAACUGUUGUCGAUGGCGCCACGACUAUUAUUCCAGAGUUCACCUCCAUCGUUGGGGGCAUUACAACUGUCAUACCGGAAGUUCCGUCUGUUGGAGAUGUCACGAGUGUUAUACCCGAAGUCACCUCAGUUAUUGGCGGCAUUACAAGCGUCAUCCCUGAAGUGACCACCGUCAUACCAGAGGUCACUUCUGUCAUUGAAGGCGUUACGUCGGCGAUCGGCGAAGUCACUUCAGUCGUCGGAGGCGUAACAAGCGUGGUUGCUGAAGUGACCACAAUUAUUCCAGCGGUCACUUCAGUUAUCGGAGAGGUAACGAGUGUGAUUCCCGAAGUCACAACCGUCAUCCCGGAGAUCACGUCUGUGAUCGGAGGCGUCACCACUGUCAUCCCAGCAGUGACUUCAAUAUUGGGCGAUAUCCCGACACUCGCGCCUGGGGUUCCAACGACAACUCCCGCCACGACAGCGACAGCCUCGAGCUCCGCAGCGCAGACAACGUCAGCCGCCCCCAGCUGCGGAGACGCCAACGACUGCCUGGGCCGCAGUGUGCUAGGACUCAACCUCUGUCUCGCGGGCCUCUGUGUCUGCGUCGACGGCGCCUGCGUGGCUGUCACCCAAGCAUCCUGCACCUCGUCGAGCGAUUGCGCCGCGGACCAGACCUGCACAAACAACGUCUGCGUGACGUCCAACCCGGAGUGUGCGGCCAACGGCGACUGCUCGUCUGGCUUUGUCUGCACGAAUGGCGUAUGCGUCGAGGGCUGCCGCGCCAACAAUGGUGACUCAGGCUGUCCUGGCGACCAGAUCUGCCAGAUUGGCCAAUGUAUCCCGCCACAGUGCACGGGGGUCACGGAGUGCGCGACAGAUGAGGUGUGCCAGCUGGGCUUCUGUGUCAAGAGCACGCUCGUGCCCUGCAGCACAAACAACCAGUGUCCGAGCGGCAACAUCUGUCAGCUUGGCGCGUGUGUGCCCACGGUCUUGCCACUCUGCGUGUCCCAGUCGCAGUGCUCGACGGGUGAGGUAUGCUUGAAUGGCAUCUGUACGGCUUGCACGGCGGACACGCAGUGUGGCGACGGGCAGCAGUGCUCCAACGGUGCUUGCGUGGCGGCAUCAUAAGUCCCCAAGUGCUCUGUCAGUGGUGACUGCAGCAACGGACAAGUCUGCUCUCUGGGCAGUUGCACGGCUUGCACUCUUAGUUCGCAGUGCUCCAACGGACAAGUCUGCAAGAAUGGCGGGUGCGGGAGCUGCUCGUCUGCCGAUGACUGCAGCCUCCUUGGAGUCGGUUACGUCUGCCAGGGGGGGACGUGUGCUCCCUGCUCAGCAACAUCGCAAUGCCCAUCCGGACAAGUGUGUUCGAGCGGUGCCUGUGGCGUCUGCACUACUGACGCGCAGUGCGGCACUGGGAAUAUCUGUCAGUUGGGCGCGUGCCAGCCAGGAUGCACAUCAGCAUCUCAGUGCACAAGCGGACAACUCUGCGAUACUGGACG